AUGUUACCACAGGGAGGACUAAAUAGCUCAGGUUGUGGAACAGUGAGUUCUUCCUCUGCAUCUACAGUUCCAUUAGCAACUUCAUCCUCUUCCUCUUCUUCUUCUUCUUCUUCAUUACCAUUACAUUCUUCAUCAGUUCCAGCAUCAGGUUCAUCUUCUAUUUCGGCGUCGUCUUCUAAUUCGGCACUAUCCAACUCCGCACCAGCUUCUGGUUCUAUCUCAAAUCCUUUGUCAGCACCUAUAUCAUCUUCUAUUGGAGGUGCAAAAGUGCAACAAAGAAUCUCUCAGGGUGAACUUGGAAUUAGUGGAGUUCCUAGCCAAAUUCCUGUUUCAGGAGAACUAGGAAUCCCAUCAUCAUUGUCAGACAAUGGUAUUGAAACGAAGGGAAAUGAGAACAUUGUUCAAAAAGAAAGAGAAAAAGUUUAUCAAUAUUUGGUUGAUAUGACUUGCUCUUCAAAAAGAGAAAUGGCAUUAUCAAAACUUUCUAAAUACCGUGAAACCUUCCCGGAUUUGGCACCAUUGCUUUGGCAUAGUUUUGGAUGUAUUACUGCUCUUUUACAAGAAAUUAUUUUUAUAUACCCACUGCUUUCUCCUCCAAACCUAUCUAAUCAAGCAAGUAACAGAACAUGUAAUUGUUUGGCCUUAUUACAAUGCGUUGCAAGCCAUUCAGAAACUAGAUCUCAUUUUCUUGCAGCUCAUAUUCCACUAUACCUUUAUCCUUUUUUAAAUACUGUAACUAAAUCACGCCCAUUUGAAUAUCUUCGUCUAACAUCACUCGGUGUAAUUGGUGCUCUUGUAAAAGUUGACGAUCCUGAAGUUGUGAGCUUUCUUUUACAAACUGAAAUUAUUCCUCUUUGCUUGAGAGUAAUGGAAACUGGGAGUGAACUUAGCAAAACUGUUGCAACAUUCAUAAUACAAAAAAUCCUUCUUGAUGAUCUUGGCCUUACUUAUAUUUGUGCUACUCCUGAGAGAUUUUUUACUGUGUGCCAAGUUCUUGGUAAUGUAAUCACUCAACAUAAUGAGGCUCCCUCACCGAGACUAUUAAAACACAUUAUUCGCUGUUAUCUUAGAUUAUCGGAAAAUUCCAAAGUCAGGGAUGCAUUAAAACAAACAAUACCUUCUAUCAUUCUUUCACCAAGCUUUAAAAUGAUCUUCCAUGAUGAUGCUGUUACUACUAAAUGGCUGCAUCAACUUUAUACAAAUAUUUGCUGA